AUGCAAGAGGAAAAUAAGUUCGAACUGAAGGAAGAACGCCAUGUGAAGAUUGUAGAGGUGGAGGAAUCAAAGGAGAAAGAUGAUACUGAAUCAGCUAUAUUGUUUAAAGUAAAGGACAAUCCACCAUGGCUCCAGUGCUUUGUGUUUGGUUUACAGCAUUUCCUAGUAAUGUUCACCGCCACACUGACCAUACCAUUCACACUGGCCCCUGCCCUCUGUGUUGGAGACGACAAUAAUGUAAAAGCUGAACUUAUCAGUACAAUUGUGUUUGUUUCUGGAAUCAUAACUCUUGUACAAGUAGCAUUGGGUGUACGGCUGCCUGUAGUGCAAGCAGGUACCUUUGCCUUGAUGGUACCCUCGCUGGCAAUUCUCUCACUACCAAAGUGGAGGUGUCCAACAGUAGUUUCACCAGAGACAGCUGUCAACCUUACAGACACUAGCAAUAUAGUGACAAGGGGAACACCCGCUUAUACUGAGAUGUGGCAGUCUCGACUUAGGGAGAUUCAAGGCGCCAUUAUGGUGGCUUCAACAUUUGAGAUCUUAUUAGGAUUCACAGGGCUUGUUGGAUUGGUGUUGCGUUUCUUUGGGCCACUUGUGAUCUCCCCGACUGUCUCUAUAUUAGGGCUGGCGCUAUUCAACACUGCGUCAAACCUGGCCUCUAAACAAUGGUGGAUAGCAAUACUAACAGCUGUGCUGAUAGUAAUAUUUGCUCAAUAUAUGAAGAACAUCCUGUUCCCCUGCCCUUCAUUUAAGAGGAAGAAAGGAUGUUACAUAUCGUGGUACCCAGUCUUUCAGGCAUUUCCAGUGCUCCUCGCUAUGGUAAUUACUUGGUUGAUAUGUGGUAUUCUCACUGCAACUAAUGUUUUCCCUAAGACACCUGGUCACUGGGGAUACGAGGCGAGGACUGACACUAAAAUGGAUGUACUGAAUAAUGCAGACUGGAUCAGACUUCCAUAUCCAGGGCAGUGGGGUCGACCAACAGUGAGUAUCUCCAGUGUGAUAGGUAUCAUAGCAGGUUUGCUAGCCUCAGCUGUGGAGUCUGUGGGUGAUUACUACGCAUGUGCUAGAAUCUCUGGGGCACCCCCACCUCCCUCACAUGCUGUUAACAGAGGUAUAGGAAUUGAGGGGCUAGGGUGUUUGAUAGCAGGGGCAUUUGGUACUGGCAAUGGAACAACAUCAACUACAGUCAAUAUAGGUGCAAUAGGGGUAACAAAGUGUGGCAGUAGGCGUGUAAUUUACUAUGCUGCUGGGUACAUGUUAGUCCUGGGUUUACUUGGAAAGUUUGGUGCAUUGUUUGUCGCCAUUCCCGACCCUGUUAUUGGUGGAAUCUUCCUCGUACUCUUUGGUAUGAUAACAGCCGUUGGCGUCUCAAGCCUGCAGUACGUCAAUCUGAACUCUUCUAGGAACCUUUGUGUAAUAGGACUCUCUUUCUUCAUUGGUCUUACUGUCCCGCAGUGGAUCAAAGCAAAUCCUUCAUCAAUACAUACAGGAGUUCAGACUGUAGACAAUGUGUUCUACGUACUUCUGAGCACCAAUAACUUCUUAGCUGGACUAGUGGGGUUCAUCUUAGACAACACAUUACCAGGUACUGAUAAAGAAAGAGGUAUUGAGAUGUGGACAUCUAAACUAUCAUCAACAUCUCCACAAUCAAAAGAAACAGCUGAAAUCUAUGACAUACCAUUCAUUUCUAACUGGUUAGCCAAAAAACGACUUUUUCAUUACCUACCUUUUUGCCCAGCCUUCCGUAGAACUGUUUUAGAUGCUCAGUCUACGCCGAGCAUGGAAGAACUGACUGAGAAUGAGCUACAAAAUGGUAUUAAACCAUAUACAAUCUCCAAUAUGGCGAAACCAGAUGGUGAGGCAGUGUGUCAACUCUGA